AGGAUAAACCCUUAUCACUUCCUUGUCUGGAGUAGUUUGUAGAAGGUCUUCAAUCGUCUGAAAAGCUCGCACUCUGGCGCCAUGCAUUUGGCCAUCUGUAUUCUGUGUCUUGUCUUAACUGUCGUGUCCACGACAAACCCGGGUUUUAGGGCGAGGAUCACCCAGAACGGACUCAAUUAUGCAAAUAAAGUUGCCAUUGAUGCUGUCAGCAGUGAUGUCCAAAAAAUGAAGAUUCCGGACUCUUCGGGUAAAUCCGGAAGAGUCAGCUACGAAGUAUACAACAUAGUCAUCACAAGCUUUACCAAACCGAGCAGUAAACUGGUUCUUCAUCCUAAUAAAGGCUUGGGAUGGAGCGCAACAGGACUGGGUAUCGGUCUGUCGGGAACCAUUCACUACAAAUACAAACAAGGCUGGAUUAAAAUCUCCGACCACAUAAGAUUCACAGCGUCUGUCAGCGGUGUCAGUUUCAGUCUCACUAUUGGCUUCACCAAGGAUGUGACUGGGAGACCCGCUAUUUCCGGUUCCGGUUGUACAAGUUCUAUCGGGAACGUGAACAUCAAGUUCCAUGGUGGCGCUGCGUGGCUGUAUAACUUAUUCCGAGGGAUGAUAGCAAACAAGAUCAAGGACGCACUGCAGUCUAAGUUUUGUGGCAUCGUCUUAAACGCAGUGAAAAAGAAUGCCGAAAAAAGUAUGCAGAAAAUUCCAGUCACGGUCACUGUAGCCAAGAAAUUUCUGCUGGACUACAGGUUGGUGUCAAACCCGCUGUUUACGUCAGCGUACAUGGAAACAGACCAUAAGGGUGAGAUCUACUGGAAGGGAGAGAAGAAGGAAGCACCCUUUCUCCCACGACCCUUUCAGACGAACCCCAACAGUACCCGGAUGCUGUACCUGUGGGUGUCGGACUACAUGGCGAACACCCUCACCUACAAUGGAUUCCGCCACGGUUACCUCGUGUACAACUUGACGGCCAAAGACCUACCACCAAAAGAUCGCUCUGUGUUGAACACAACGUGCAAGUUCAAAUGUAUCGGCUUUCUGAUUCCACAGAUUGGCAAGAAGUAUCCUAAGACCCAGGUCAAACUGAACCUGAAGGCCACGAAGGCGCCUGUGACACAGAUCGGUAAAAACACCAUCUCCAUCAACUUCGCAGGCGACAUUGACCUGUACGCGAUCAAACCACGUGGGAACGACGCCUACCUGCUCACCAUUAACACGACUAUGUCCGUCACUGCCUCUGUUAACAUAAAAGGACAGCUGGUCACAGGCAAAGUUAACCAGUUCAGCAUUCGAAUUGGCGUGUCAAAGUCGGUCGUUGGAAAUAUUACCUCGAAACAGAUGAAUGCACUAAACUUUAUUGUACAGUUGGUGAUCAACACAACGGUCAUACCGAUGCUGAACAAAGCAGGAGCGAAAGGUCUAGUUCUUCCGGUAACUGGAGACGUGCAGUUUCGAAACGCCCAGAUCCAGCUGCAAGAGCAUGCAAUAAUGAUUGCUACAGACAUCCUUUACUCACCUAAGUUGACAAUCGACGAUGUAGAGAGUGAAAUCGAGGCUUGGCGAUCCCAGAACGAGGCACGUCCGUUGCUGCGUGAUAGAGAUAACAACUGGUUAAAGUCCGAGUCAGUGAUGGUCUUCCAAGACGUGAACCGCAAACGACGGCCAUUUAACAAGUUACACGGAAGUUGGACAGCAACAACAACGAUAAGACAACACAGAAUCAACAGGCAGUGCGCGCACACACAGUUUUCUCCUCGACUGUCCAGAAUGAGAGUUACUGUUGCUGCUUUGCUACUGUUGUCAACGUGUCUCCAGCAAGCAACCCCCCUCAACCCCGGUUUUAAGGCUCGGGUCAGUCAGAAGGGCUUUCACUAUGCCAAUGAGGUGGCCUUAGAAGCACUUGCUCUGGAUGCAAAGAAACUGAAAAUUCCAGACACCAGUGGUACAUCCGGGAAACUCAGCUACACAGUUUCCGGAGUUAGUAUCACAAAGUUUGUAAAGCCAUCCAGCUCUUUGAUUUUGACUCCGCCCACUGGUAUCACAUGGACUGCCAGUGGCGCUGGGAUUGGACUAAAAGGGACGUUGCAUUACACGUACCACUUUAUAUUUCCCAUAUCGGACACCAUUGACUUUGAUGCAUCUGUUGGUGGAAUAUCCUUCAAGCUGGGCAUUGCUCUGCACAAUGGCACAGGGGGUCGGUUGCACAUAUCAACGUCAUCGUGUUCAGAUAACAUCGGUGGAGUCAGCAUCAAUUUCCACGGGGGAGCCGCCUGGCUGUAUAACUUGUUUUCUAAAAUCAUUGACAGGAAGGUGAAGGAUGCACUUCAGGGUCAGUUUUGUACGAUUGUCACAAAACUUGUAAACAUUGAUGCGGAAAAAAGACUUGCUCAGAUUCCAGUGACAGUUGUUUUGGCCAACAUAUUUCUUCUAGACUACCACCUCAUCUCAAACCCUGACAUCACACCAACAUUUAUGGACAUUUUCCUCAAGGGAGAAAUUUUCUGGAAAACAGACCGAGAAGAAGCACCAUUUUCACCAGCACCUUUGCCAGCCAGUUCUGAAAGCAGCCGUAUGUUGUAUCUGUGGUUGACUCCGUACAUGGCCAACACUUUGGGAUACGUCGCUCUACGACAUGGAUUUUUAAAAUAUAAUCUGACAGCAAAAGAUCUACCUCCCGGAAAGAGACCCAUCUUGAACACAACGUGUACGAAUGUGGAGUGCAUCGGAGUCUUAAUACCACAGAUUGGACAAAAGUAUCCCAACUCUCGUGUCAAGUUGAACAUGGAUGCAACGAAAUCACCGUUGAUGAAAAUAAGCAGUGGUUUGAUCGGCGUAAAGUUUGCUGGGAAUAUCGACAUGUACAUUGACACCAUCACAGGAACAGGUCCCCAUCUUCUCACCAUCAACUGUACAAUGUAUGUGACUGUCACCGUGUCUUUAACUGGCCAGCUACUGAAGGGGAAGAUUAUUAAAGAAUCACUUGAUGUCGGUGUUGUUCGAUCUGAUGUGGGUAUUGUCAAUGCUAAGGUGUUGCAGUUUCUGAUGGGUGUGGCAGCUAAGACUUUCAUCAUACCUCUUGUGAAUGCCUGGGGACAAAAGGGACUGGUCCUGCCAAUCACUGAUGACAUACACCUGGUCAACACAGACAUUAAGAUACUACAGAAUGCCGUGAUGGUAGCUUCUGAUGUGUCUUAUAAACCCAAGCUGAUCUCCGAGGUUUCAAGACGUGACCCAAAUCUUAAUCGUGACAGCGACGCCCAGCUGAAUGCACAUGUAGCUGAGGAUGGAAGUUUUGAUUUAAAGGACAUUGCUCGAUCUGUGCUUACCAGAGAGAUAGACAAUGCAAGAAAGAUGGCCGACACUCACUAAUGUAUCCACUAUGGGCUAAAAGGGCCGUUUUACAUGUGCCUGGAUCAUGAAAAACAGAUGCAUAAAAAUAUCGUUCUGUGGUUAUCAACAGCAGUGUUUCUAUAUGCAUGACACAGUUUUUGGUAACCAUGUCAAAAAUUAUAUACAUGAAGAACAACCCUUAUUCCAUUUAUGCCUAUGGAAUGAUACUUUACUUGGGGUGAGUGGAAGGGGUGUGGGGGUGUUGGAAGGAAUUUCCAUUAAAAUAGAUAUACCAGUAGGGUGCCUUUAUUUCUUAAGUAUUUAUAGUAUGCUACUAACAAAGGUUAGAGAAAACAAUCGUCACAUA